AUGUUGGCCACACUGGCUGGACUGCCCGGGGCCAGCAGGGACAUUGCCCUGGUGCAGUUGACUGGCCCUGCCACCCUCUCCAGCCAGGUCCUGCCUGUCUGCCUGCUGGCAGCCUCCACUGACAUCUCCCCAGGGACAUGGUGCUGUGUGGGAGAACCCUUGGUACCCCUGAACAUACUGCAGGAGGCGCCAGUUUCCACGGUGGAAGCCGAGACCUGCAGGGACUACCCCAGCCAGGAUGGCAGUGUCUUUCAGCUAGAUAUGCUGUGUGCUGGGGGCCCCAGGGGGCACCUGCCAGUUUGGAGGGUCUCUGGCGUGCCAGACCGGUGUGGGUCUCACCACUUCCAUGAGGCAGGUGUGGUGGCAUGA